GGACGCCGAGAGCCCUAGUAUCUACUCUACAGAUCGAGGAAUGGAGACUACAGACCUGGUGGUGGAUGGCACGCGCACGUCGGGAAAGGAUGUGCGCGAGCAGAACGUGACGGCGGCGGUGGCCAUCGCUAACAUCGUGAAGAGCUCUCUGGGUCCCGUGGGACUUGACAAGAUGCUGGUGGAUGACAUCGGCGACGUGACUAUCACUAACGACGGCGCCACGAUUCUCAAACAGCUCGAGGUGGAGCAGCCUGCUGGCAAGGUCUUGGUGGAACUGGCUGGCCUGCAGGACCAGGAGGUGGGCGACGGCACCACAUCUGUCGUCAUCAUUGCCGCUGAGCUCCUCAAGCGUGCCAACGAGCUGGUGAAGAACAAGAUCCACCCGACGUCCAUUAUCGCAGGGUAUCGUCUCGCCAUGCGUGAGGCCGUCAAAUACAUUAAGGAGAACCUGAGCGUACCUGUGGAUUCGCUUGGCCGCGAGAGUCUAGUGAACGCUGCUAAGACCAGUAUGUCGUCCAAGAUCCUUGGUCCGGAAAGCGACUUUUUCGCCAAUCUAGUCGUGGACGCCGUGUCGUCCGUUAGGGUGGAACAGGAAGGUGCCAAGGGCAAGAUCAAGGCGAAGUACCCCGUGAGCUCCAUAAACGUGCUGAAGGCGCACGGUAAAAGCGCCCUCGAGACGCAGCUCGUCGACGGAUUUGCGCUCAACUGCACCAAGGCGUCGCAGCAGAUGCCCACGUACAUUAAAAACGCCAAGAUUGCGCUCCUGGACUUCGACUUACAGCGUCACCGUAUGCAGAUGGGUGUGCAGGUGGUAGUGAACGACCCGAACGAGCUGGAGUUGAUCCGUCAGCGUGAGAUUGACAUCACCAAGGAGAAGAUCCAGAAGAUUAUUGACGCUGGAGCCAACGUGAUCCUGACUACCAAGGGCAUUGAUGACCUGUGCCUUAAGUACUUUGUAGAGUCUGGUUGCAUGGGUGUGCGUCGCUGCAAGAAGGAGGAUCUGCAGCGUAUUGCUAAGGCCACAGGAGGACAGGUUGUGCUCACUCUUGCAGACAUGGAGGGCGAGGAGACGUUCGACCCGUCGACUUUGGGCGAGGCACAGGAAGUUAGCGAGGAGCGUGUGGGCGACGGAGAGCUCAUCUACAUUAAGGGCUGCAAGACGCGUCAGGCCACCACUGUGGUGCUGCGCGGUGCCAAUGAGAACAUGCUGGACGAGAUGGACCGCUCUAUGCACGACGCCUUUAUGGUUGUGAAGCGUAUGCUGGAGAGCAACCAGCUUGUUGCUGGCGGUGGUGCAGUGGAGGCGGCUCUGUCUAUCUACCUCGAGAACUUCGCUACGACGCUGGGCUCCCGAGAGCAGCUGGCUAUCGCCGAGUUCGCUGACGCGUUGUUGGUGAUCCCGAAGACUCUGGCUGUCAACGCGGCCAAGGACGCCUCCGAGUUGGUGGCACGUCUGCGUGCGCACCACAACACAUCGCAGAGUGACGCUUCCCAGCGCGAGCUGCGUUUCUCGGGUCUGGACCUCCUGGAGGGCACGGUGCGCAACAACCUGGAGGCUGGCGUGGUGGAGCCUGCUAUCAGCAAGAUCAAGAGUCUGCGUUUUGCCACUGAGGCUGCCAUUACCAUUCUGCGGAUUGACGACCUGAUCAAGCUCAACCCGAAGGAAGUGCCCCAGCAGUAGACUUCCAUCUCCCCUUUCAAGAUGGCAAUAGCGUCUAUAAUAACCCUCAUUUCAGCCCGUACAA